AUGGUGACGCUACUAGUACCGCUGGCAGGCGUCCUGGUUCUUAUUGUUGGCACAGUCUUGCAGUCUGUGUUCUCCUUGUUCCGCAAUUAUCUGGUUGCUCGCAAGAUCGGCGUCCCAGUUCGCAUCAUUCCAUUCGACCAUGUGAAUCCACUAUGGUUGGUGCUCGAUCGCCGAGUCCUGUCAAUGGUAAAGCUUCUCCCCUUUGGACUCGGCAACAACAGCUUUACCCGGUACAACUAUCGGGGCUGGGAGGUUCCGGACAGAUAUUACUCACAUUUUGAGAUGGGAGACGCGUAUAUCCUGGUUUCACCUCGCAAUAUCUGGCUAUAUAUUGCUGACCCGGAUGCCGUAAUGGAUCUCUGGCGUCGAGGGAAGGAGUUUCCCCGUGAUACGUCUGUCACAGCGGUACUCGACAUUUUUGGCCCAAAUAUAUCUACAGCCCAGGGUGCACAAUGGCAGAAGCAUCGUCGAAUUACGGCGUCGUCAUUUAACGACCACACCAAUCAAAUAGUUUGGUCGGAGAGCAUAACCGUGGCCAAUGAUAUGCUCCGCUAUUGGUGCUCGAAAGGCUCUGUACAGACUGCUGCCGAUGAUCUUCGCACCUUGUCCCUCCACGUCAUGUCUCGGGCUGGUUUCGGUAAAUCAUUCAAGUUCCAAGGCCACGACGAACGAGAAACCUCCCCGCCGGACGGACUGCCAUUGAACUACAAGGAUUCAUUGAAGAUUAUCCUCGAGAAUUGUAUUCUCAUUUUUGCUUUAGGCAGGAAGUUUCUUGCGAAUCCUUGGCUUCCCCGAAAACUCCGGCAGGUCCAUGCUGCCUGCGCUUCAUUUCAGACGCACUUGACACAAGUCUAUAACGACGAGCAGGCCUCCCUAGCUCAAGGAGAUUCCUACGAUCGCAACUUUAUCAACUCGCUAGUCCGCGCAUCUCAGGAUCAGGAGGCAGAUUCCACGCUCGGAGGAGGCCUUACUGAAAGCGAAAUCUAUGGCAAUAUCUUCACUUUCAAUUUUGCCGGUCAUGAUACAACUGCGCACACCUUCACAUUUGCGCUAUAUUUCUUGGCCGCAAACCCAGCUACCCAAGAUUGGAUUUCCGAGGAAAUUCGUCACGUUAUGGGUAACCGAAAACCGGAUGAGUGGCUUUAUUCCGACUUCCGUCGUCUGAAACGUUGUCUGGCUGUUAUAUACGAAACUUUACGUCUCUAUACACCAGUGCCAACGUCAAAAAUAGUCGAUACGCAAACGCCCCAAAUUUUGAAGGUCGGAGCUCAGUCACUGAUCCUUCCGCCAAAGGUUAUUAUCGUGCCGAGUUAUGCAUCCUUGCAGACAGACCCAAAGUAUUGGGGUGAUGACUCUCUCGAAUGGCGACCGUCACGCUUUAUCAGAUCCCCUAGCUUAGGCACGGGCAAGGGUAUAGGACCCCUGUUAGACGCUGAGGAGUUCCUGACUCCAGCCCGGGGCACGUAUCUCGCGUGGUCUGGAGGUGCCCGGGAUUGUGUUGGUAGAAAGUUUUCGCAAGUUGAAUCUGUUGCUACUAUAGCCUCGCUGUUCCGAGACUGGCGUGUGGAUCCAGUGCCGAGGAAGGGCGAGACACCAGAUGCAGCCCGGCAAAGGGUGUCUAACCAGAUUGAGUCGGAUUCUGCCCCAGUACUCUUGUUGCAGAUGCUGCAUCCUGAACAUUCUCCCCUAGUAUGGAGCCAAAGUUUCCCUUACUUUCUUGUUCCCCUUCCUCCCUGGUCCGACGUGCUUUCCAGCCAACCCUUCGAACCCAACAGCGACUUCAAUUUCAAUCCCACACGAAACAGUCCAUCGAGCUCCAAUUACAACCACCAAACGCCUGUCACCGCCAUGUCUCCUCGCGAGCAGUACAUCGAGACUGCCAAGAAGUGGUUCAAGGCCCACAGUGAUAAAAACGCCUUUGGCGAAGACGGCCUGACUGCUCUCGCAGCUCCCGGCUUCGUCGCUCACUCCUUCCCGUCUUCGCUUCACGCGCCAGAUCGCAAUGCCGAGGAAUACGCCCAAUUCCAAAAUGGGGCCUUCCAGAUGUUCUCCUCUUACAAGACAACGGAGCUCGACAUUAUCGUGGAUGAGACCCAGCGCAAGGUCGUCUACUAUCUCAAGUCGGACGGCGAAGCGGCGGGGGUGGAGUACAAGAACGAGUACAUCCACAAGCUGACUCUGACGGAAGACGGCAAGAAGGUCAAGCAGUUUGACUCCUACUUGGACAGCCAGGGUAUGAUCAGCUUCAUGGGAAAAUUUCAAGCGGCACUGGGCACCUGA